AUGCCAGGGCCAGUAUGCAACCGACCGGGGCGGGGCUUGGAGGCCCAGGAGGCGUGGCCCAGAACCGGUGCUGGGGCAGCAGCCUGCGCAAACUCCGUUCUUCCGGACCCUCUGAACCCUGGACCCUGCGAAGGAGGGGGAGGAGAACCUAGAGCGCGUGCGCCUCAGCGUGGGAGAGUUUGCAGCCCGCCUGAUAUGAUCAGGAGCAACACUUUCCACAUCUUGGAGGAAAACACCCCACUCCCUAAGGCCAAAGUGAUGGAAAUGCGGGGCAUCUAUGCCCAAGUGGACCAGCUAGAGGCCUUGGUCCAGAUGGUUGGGCACCAUGUCCCCUUUCUGGCAGCCCACAUGCUUCUGGCCGAGUGGGACCACGGGGCCUUCUUGCAGGGCCUGCGGAGGUGGCUGGGCCCCACGGGGCUCUGCUCCUUCAGGAACAAACUGUCUCUGCCGCCACCCAGAUGA